UUUCUUUAUGUCGUUUCGUACGUGUUUGUAAAUGACUAAUGUUAUACUAAAGGUGCAAACCAGAUUUUUGCACUAAAUGAAUCAUUUCGGUUAUCGCGCUUGUGCAGGCUAUGUCUAAGCUUAGUUCGUUCGUGUUUUUUGAUCUCGAAACUACAGGAUUACCUGGAAUAAAAUGUCCAAAAGUUACGGAAAUUGCACUGUACGCUUGUUCAAAAAACCAUCUUCUUGAUUCCCAUGAAAAUGGCAAAAAACUACCGCGUAUUCUCCAUAAACAAACUAUAUGCCUUAAUCCACGACGAGUAAUUGAUCCGAAAGCAUCGGAAACAACUGGACUUUUCAAUGAUAUGUUGGAGCAAGAGGCACCGUUCGAUGAGAAGACAGGUCAACUCAUCGUCUUGUUUCUGGAACGUUUGCAACGACCAGCUUGUUUAGUUGCACAUAAUGGAAACCGGUUUGAUUUUGUCAUACUCAAGAAGGAACUAGACGGACUAAACAUCAAGCUACCAGAUGACAUAUACUGCGUUGAUUCGUUUCCUUUAUUCAAACAUCUGGAGAAAAUCAAAGAACAAAACGAAAAGGUCGCCGAGGAAAAUGAACUUGCCGAACUGGAGUUUUCGGCUGUGUCGGCUAUGCAAGAACUUGAAAGUUCUCAAGAUGCGCUAGCUCAAAUGCAAAAACUAAAUGAAAUGACUCCACAGAAGAGUAAAGUUCAAGUAAAUUUUAAAAAAGCCUUACGCUCCUAUCUUGAGGUAACUCCAACUCAGGACCCGGAAUCUAGUAAGAAUAUAGCCGAACGUGCCAACCGGCCCCGUUCGAAGCGACAACUUUUUGCAAAUAGCGAAGUCCUCAAAAACCCUAGCUUAGAAGACGAAAGCCCCAGUGGGUCGACCAAGUCUGUUCGAAAGAAAUAUCGCCUCUGCGAUAUCUACGAGCGAAUUUUCAAAGAGCAACCAAAGCAAUCACACUACGCAGAAUGUGAUGUGCAUACGCUAAUUAAAUGUGCAAUCGCGGAAGGAGAAGCUUUCGUUGCAUACGCUGAGGAGCAUUGUGUUAAAUUUGUCGAUUUUUCUGGAAAAUUUUAAUUGUCUGCAUGAACGUUCAGUUUUAUGUUCCUGAUUCUUUUAUUUUUGUCUUCAUAUUACUGUAUGUAUAGUAAUGGUAUUUUAACGGUAAUGGUGUAUUAAAAUAUUGCAAAUAAUGUUCCUGACCUUCAAUGCGGACUAAAUUUAAUGUAGGUAUUUAAUUUUAGCGAUUUUUUCUUAGAUGAUAUAACCCAAGACAGCACCACAUUUUUUUAUUAAAUUUAUAAAUUCGAAUGUUUGAUCUUGCAUUGCAUUCAUUUGCAGUAAAUAUUCAGCUUUCUGUGUGUGAUAGAAAGUUACUUGAUUAUUAAAGGGAUGUUACUGUGCGUUGGUUGAAAAUGCUGGUUCUGUUUGUGAUACCUAUUGUAUGUACUCAACUUUUUGUGUUGGACGAACCUGUACGACCUGUACUCACCAACAUACUUCAUCAACAUAUACGUAUGUGUGGGUGGGAUCCUUAAUGGCGAUUUGAGCGCUGAUAGAGUACCAAAAAAUCAGAAUCUUUCUAAACAUUUCGAGAAUUUAAGAGGAUUUGUACUAAACAAUUGUGAAGUCAAAUAUACACUCAAGUACUUUUUUUCACGGUUUGUUUUUUCGAUUAUUGUUGCAGUUG